AUGCCUAGGUCACCAUCACCCGCAAGAUCAAGAAUUAGGAGUAGGUCGUAUACUCGAUCGAGGAGUAGAUCCCCGAUCGAUAAAAUGAGGAGGAGCAGUCAUACGCCUGAAGAAGAGAACCUCUCACCUUUCCUUAUACGUAUAUUCGUGACGAAAGGAAAACAUGUCCCAUUAGUCGAAUUUGACGAGGGGAAUAUACCACUAAGAGAUGAAUUUGAAGUAUAUGGAUGGAAAUCAUCUACUCCAUCAUCUUUAUUCCGCUCACUCAUCCCCUCAUUCCCGCCGCCCUAUCGAUCUCCACUCGCUCGUUAUUCAUUUAGACACAUAUACGUCGAUGCUUCCGCCAGGGGACUGUAUAGAUCAAAAGAUCUAACUUCAUUCACUGGACGAGAUCUGUUCGAUAAUUAUAGCAACAACACAAGAAAUGGAGAGGAGAAGGAGAAGGAGAAGGAUAAGAUGGAUUUAGAUCUAGAUGAUAUACCUCAAGCACAAUCGUCAUCAAGAAGGAAGAUUGAAGAAAAGAGUUUAGAUGAUUAUGGGUUCGUCACUGGAGAUUUAUUGAGUAUAUCACUCUAUGUCCCUGAACCGAAAUUACCAGCGUCGUCGGCUAGAGGCAAUCGAGAUAGGGAGAGGGACGGAGCUGGAGCUGUGAACGGAGAACCAAAAGGAAGGGGAUCUUUCGGAUGGGAUAAGACCGCGCCAAAUCAGUCACAAGCCAAGGAAGAAGAUCAUUGGCAAAGGGGUCAACCGCUUCCUCCUCAGGAUUUCAGAGGUGGACCUGGAGCUGGAGCUGGACUAUCGAUAAGAGGUGGUCGAGGAGGAGGAAGCUGGAGAGGUGGACCUCCAUCUGGACCUGGACUGGGUAUAAGAGGUGGUGGAAGGAGGAGAAGCCCUGAUUAUGAGGGGGAAGGUGAUCGAGAACGAGAUAGGAGGAGGAGUAGGAGUCCGGACAGUCGAGAGAGGAGGGUUAGUUGGGGUAGGAGAGGUUAG